AUGGUGGGUGAUCAUGUUUGGCGUCGAGUGUCUCCUAUGAAGGGCGUGAUGCAGUUCGGAAGGAAGGGCAAGCUUAACUAUCAAUUCAUUGGUCCAUUUGAGAUUUUGGCACGAGUUGGAGAGGUAGCUUAUAAGUUGGCCUUACCACCUAGUUUAUUGGCUGUGCAUAACGUGUUUCAUGUUUUUAUGCUUCGGAAGUAUGUUCCAACUGAUUCCCAUGUGUUAUCACUCAAUUCAGUGGAGUUGGGUCCAGACCUGACAUUUGAGGAGGAACCUAUAGCAAUUCUAGAUAGGCAAGUUCGUAAGCCUAGAACCAAGGAGAUUGCUUCAGUGAAGGUACAAUGA